UGUCUGCAUUGAUGGAGGAAAGUUGAAAAUAUUUACCAACGUAGUUUGGUCAAUAUAGAAAAAAAUGAAUGAUGAGAUGAUCCACAAAGAGAGUAUCUGAGAUUUUGAGAAACAAGUUCGUUCUGUAUGGCUUUAUAUAACGAUAGGAAAUGUCAUAAACUAUUUCUUGACUAUCUUUCAUCUUUAUGGAAUUAAACACGACGAAUCAAAGUUUAAAACAAAUGAACCAAGGGAAUAAGAUCAAAUCAGAUCACAAAGAAAGAGAACACUUGAACCAGAGACAGAAACUUCCAUUGUUAAAAAAGAUCAAAGCUGUACCAAGCUUGAGCAGAAGUGGUUUAAAACAACCGUUAAAAAAACUUUCCGUCUCCAAAAAGCAAGUGAAAGAAAGCUAUAAUGGAGUCUCUCAUCAUAGAGAAGAUAACAUAAAAGAAAGCCAAAAGCAGAUAGAGAAAAACAAUAUUUACAUCUUAAAAGAAAGCCUGCCACAAUUAUCAAGACCACGGAAGGAAGGAUUUGCUGACGCGAAUAAACAGAAAAAAAACAACGGCGAAACGUUGCCUCAACUUUUAAACAAAAAGAACGUCUUAAAGUCAUCGUUUUAUGAGCAUGACACUACUAAGAUUUCAGAUAUACCAAAAUUUGCGACUCCCUUGGUUAAAAAGCAAGAGAAUUGGAAUAUUAAUAACGACAAGAAGAAGAUAAUUCGCCACGAUCCCAACGGUUUUGUCCUACCAUUGACACCAAGUUUUUGCAUAAAGACAUUUGGGGAUAAACUGACGUUAUUCGAGCAUUCAGAGAUCUUGGAUUAUGCUGAAAUAUGGUAUUUAGGCUCAAAUGCAUCAAAGAUCGAAGGUACCCCAGGAAGUCCUUGCAAUAAUGGCUAUGAUGAUGACAAUGGAAGCUACAAACGGGUGACUGGAGACCAUUUAUAUUAUCGAUAUGAAGUAUUAGAUAUCUUGGGAAAAGGAUCGUUUGGUCAAGUUGUCAAAGUUCUUGAUCACAAAACAGGACAACAUUUUGCCGUGAAAAUCAUUAGAAAUAAGAAAAGAUUUCAUCAACAGGCACUUGUUGAAGUAAAAAUUCUUGAUAAUUUAAAAAAAAAGGAUAGAGACAAUCAUAUGAAUAUCAUUCAUAUGAUUGAUCAUUUUUACUUCAGAAAUCACCUAUGCAUAACGUUUGAAUUAUUAGGAAUAAAUCUUUACGAAUUGAUAAAAAAGAAUAACUUCCAAGGAUUUAGCAUGUCUUUGAUUAAAAAAUUUGCUUAUUCAAUACUCCAAAGUUUAAAAAUAGUCCAUAGCAGUCGUAUCAUUCAUUGCGAUUUGAAACCGGAAAAUAUACUUCUUAAAAACAAAACACACUCAGGCAUAAAGAUCAUCGACUUUGGUUCAAGUUGUUACGAAAACCAAAGAGUGUACACGUAUAUUCAAAGUCGGUUCUACAGAUCACCUGAAGUAAUUUUAGGCAUGGUAUACGGGACUCCUAUUGAUAUGUGGAGUUUCGGAUGUAUCUUAGCCGAAUUAUACACUGGUUAUCCAUUGUUUCCAGGAGAAAAUGAAGUCGAUCAGUUAGCUUGUAUGAUGGAGGUACUCGGUUUACCUGACGUUAAUUUCCUUGAAAAAGCUUCAAGGCGCACCUAUUUUUUCGAUUCUAAAGGUUUACCACGUAGCAUCACAAACUCUCGAGGAAGGAAGCGUCGACCAAACGCCAAAGAUCUAAUUACUGCAGUCCGAUCAAACGAUAAAAAUUUCAUUAAAUUUCUAUCGCGAUGUCUGGAAUGGGAUCCAAUGAAGCGCAUUACUGCAGGUGAAGCACUUCAACAUAGUUGGAUUCAAGAGGAUUUAAAAAGAGUGCGAGAAAAUUGUGUUAAAUCUGCAUCAGGUCAGCGAUUUCUAACACAUCAUCAUGGCAAACAGAACAAUAAAACGAACAAGUUUUGCAACAAAAAGAGCCAAGAAACAUGAACACAAAAGAUGCAAGAUCCAGGACAAAACAUUUCAACAAAGAGCAUGUAAAGAAUCCUAAAGAAGUUGAAUCGAACUAUACUAAUGCUUUGCAACUUGGUAAAGAUAAAUCCCUGAUAUCCAAUGGGCUAGGAGGCAAUAACAAGCAUUCAAGAAAGGAAAAUAGUGACAAUGAUAGUAACAUUUCUGAACAUGAUGGUUCUAUAACACUAGACGAACAUAUGUUUUUACCUCCAAUAAAAUAAUUGUACACAAAAAAACUUUUGAUGUACAAAAUACAUAAUUACAAGUAAAGAUUGCCAUAUUACCUAUCUAAUAUGCUCAUCGGUAAUCAUAACUACUAAUGUAAUACAUAAAUAUCACAUAUAUGCAUGUGUAUGUUGUUGUUGACAUUAAUGCUGUAAAUGAUAAAAAAUGGGGCUUGUAAAGCUCAUGUAAGUAUUACAUGGGCUAAAUCUUAAAAGCCACAAGCUUAUCAUCUCCAUUGUGUUUUCUUUUAAUUUUGUAAAUGACAUGUCGGAAUUAUAGAUGCUAAAUAGAAUAGGCAAGGUUUUUGAUGCUCAUGCUUUGAAACAAAUUCUAAGUUUCCUAGACUGUAAAAACGUUGAAAUUAUAAAGACAUUGCACUAUUUGAAAAGCUGAUUUGAGCUGCAGAAUUUAUUGACAUUCAAACAAAACAGUUGUAACUAUCCUCAAAUUCCAUUUUUCUCUAAAAACUGAUUUUAGAAUUUGUCUGUAAGCUCAAAGUUCCAAAUUUUACAUGGAGGAGCCUGUUGUAAUAUAUUACAAAUGUAGCUUUUAUAUGAUUGGUCAAUACCUGUAUACUUAGGUAUUAACAAUACAAUAAUACAGAACAAUUAAAUAGCAAAUUUUGAAACACUA